AUCAAAUCAGUAAAGGUAGACUCUUUCCUGUUAUUAAAAUUAUUACUCCGAAAAUCAAAGAUUUAAUGAAAAAUGAACAAUAAACAAGUAUAUGAUGUGACUGACCCUAGCGUCCAUGCGCUUCGAACAUCAGCUUUUAUGCAAAAUGGUCCGGUGAAACAAGUUCGAGGCCUUGAAGAUCUCGACCGUUGGGUCCGUUCUCAAGCCUAUUAUGAUACUAUUGCAUAUAUAAGCAACACUAGCAUGGCCAUACAGGGUCGGCGGCUAACCCGAGACUUUCCUAUAUCAGAGCAAAUGCGCAAAUUGUGUCAAAUUUUUGAUGGAUUAGAGCACCUUCUUGUUGAACAUUCUCCAAAGUCGGAGGAUUUUGAUGCUUCGAUUUCAAUCAGUCAAAUUAAAAGUCGAGCCUACCGCGUCUGGAUGCGACAUAUGUUUCAACAUGUUUUUUUUAAGCUUGAUGAAGCAAUCAAAGCAAAGUGCAAGCAUGUAAACGAGCUAGGACAAUAUCUUAGGCGCUCAUUUGGAAAUGCAACUAGUCUUGAUUUUGGUCCUGGUAAUGAGCUAAUGUUUCUUUUCUUUUUAAGUGGUCUAUUUCGGUCGGAAAUAUUAUUAGCCAAAGACACAGUUGCAGCGGCCUUAAUGCUCUUUGGUCGCUAUAUACACCUUGUCCGUCGUUUGGUUACAACGUAUGCACUGCCUAUAGCCAAAAACCCGAGGUGUUUCAUCGAUGACUAUUAUGUUCUGCCUUAUUUAUGGGGAGCUGCUCAGCUGUCAUCAGAAGAAUCUUUUUCUCCAAUACAGUGCGAGCAGCCUAAAAUUAUAGAGAACUACCGUCAAGAUUAUAUGAUGAUGGAACUGAUUGAACACCUUCAAAAGACACGUGGCGGCCAACUCAGCCAUGUUGCUUUUCAACUAUGGUGCAUUUUGUCAAUACCCAGUUGGUCGCAGGUUUACCGAGGUCUUGAGCGUAACUAUAUUAGUCAUGUGCUUUCUUCAUUUGAGACCGUGGAAAACGCUAUAUUUUGCGAGCUUAUGUCCUUCGAAGCAUUAAUAUCACCAAAUCCAUUGGCGCGUGCGUACUUGAAUCCAUAUUAUAAUACUUAUCAGGAAAAUAAAGAACCCACGAACCAAAUUGAAAAUCAAGCCAUUGAUUUGAAAUCGAUUUCGCCCGUUAGCCUAUACCUUAGCAUGGAGCCCGACAUUUUUCUGGGCUAUCAAAAUGCCAAGAAGCACUAUAAUAAAAAAUCCAGUGAUAGCUUGGAAAAUCGGCUUUGCAUGGUGAGGCAGGUCGUGGAUGAAAAUGAUGCAAGCUCCGCUCUAUUUUUUGCGGGACAAAAAAAUAUCCAAAAUGAAUCGGUUAACUCGUCGCCUAAUGACCACCCGUAAAGAAAUGACAUCAAUUCGAAGAUAAUUAGUAUUUAUACAUAUAUUUUUUAAAUAACAAUUCAUGUGGGCCUUACUUCUAUAUAUUGAUAAGGAUAUUGAUCCCAACUAAAUUAUGAACUUUAUAAACUAGUAAGGAAAAUAUUAACGUAGUUAUAUAUAUGUGUGAUAUAUAAUUCUAUUGUAUUUAAUAAGAAUCAUGACUUAUUACAAUA